AUGGGGUCGAGAAAGCCGUCAUCGUCGACCUCUGGGUUUUUCCAAGCCGCUCCCAGUGUACCGCAGCAAUACACAGCUUCUUCCCAGGACAAGGCUUCUUCACGGCACGAAUCAUCAGACGAUCCAGUUUUCUCGAGGGUCUUGUCCCUCUACCUUCCCGACCCACUGCCGACGCCUCUCCAGAGCCAUUUCCAUGACUUCGCACGUCUCGUCCUCGAACCAUCCACCCUUCAACACACGAUUGACUGUGACACCGACCUGCCCACAAUCCACCCCCUGACCACCUUCGGCGAAGAGAACAAAAUCACUCCCCUCCGCACGAGCGAAGGAUGGCGUGCUCUGAAACAAAUUCAAACUCGCGCCGGCGUGGUAGGGUAUGCUUAUCCUCAGCCCAGCCUGAAGCAAGACUUCAAUCGACGAAUCCAUCAGUUUGGCACCCUGCACCUUUGGCACGGUACUUGCGCAGUAGCCACUUGCCCAAUGGGCAUGACUGACGGGGCAGCUGUACUAUUACGUCGACAUUUCGAUGACCCAGAUGGAGACCAGCCUGGUCGCGGAGCCGUGUUCCGUGAAAGCUAUCGUCGUCUUGUGUCUUUGGACCCGACAUACUCCUGGACCAGUGGACAAUGGAUGACCGAACGAAGUGGGGGAAGUGACGUGCGAGGCACUGAGACGGUUGCACGCCGAAUGACCACUCAAGAAAUGCAAACCGAUAUCAACCACGGGCGAGAUAAAGAUGCACACGGUCUCCCUCUGGGACCUUGGAUCGUGGAUGGGUUCAAAUGGUUCUCUUCCGCCACCGAUGCCGACAUGGCCGUUCUCCUUGCACAGACAGGCCAGGGGCUCAGUGCAUUCUAUGCUCCUCUUCGGCGAAGAACAGGCCAUGUCCCGACUUCCACCGCGGAAGCAGUCUCCCACACCACCGAAACAAACGGCAUCCGCAUCCAACGCCUCAAAAACAAACUUGGCACCAAGGGCGUCCCAACCGCCGAGCUCGAACUCAAAGGCAUGCGCGCUUACCUCGUCGGCCAGGAGGGCCAAGGUAUCAAGGAAAUUAGCGCCAUAUUGAACAUCACGCGAGUACAAACCGCGAGUUCUGGUGCGGGUUACUUGGCGAGGGGAUUGGCUGUGAGUCGCGCAUACACGCUGGUUCGAAAAGUGAAAGACGGACAACUUCUGAGGGACAACCCGCAGCAUCUGGCCUGGAUGGCUGCGGAAAGUGUCAAGUAUCGUGCCAACACACACUUGGUCUUCCUUGGCGCUGCGCUCUUGGGGGCAACUGAACAAGACCACGAUGCUGUCACCCAGGGCACCCGCGGAGCAUCGGUCCUCAUCCCGCGCUCAAGGGGAAAACAAGAGAUGCUCCUCCGCCUGCUCACGCCCGUGAUGAAGGCACAAGUCACUCUGAAUAGCGUCUCUGGAUUGAGAGCUUGUAUGGAAUCACUCGGCGGCGUGGGUUACUGCGAGAACAACGAGGAUGGCGGGGUGAUGAACAUUGCCCGCCUGUUCCGGGACAGCGUGGUGGGCACGAUCUGGGAGGGCACGACGAGCGUCAUGGCAGAGGACGUGUUGAGGGUGGUCAAGAAUCCCAAGACUCAGAAUAGUCUUACCGGCCGGGUGGACAUACUCGACGAGUCCUUCGGAGACUGGGUGCGGGGCGUGCUGAGUGCAAUCGAAAAGGCAAACAAUGGCCACGGAGGACGAGGAGCCGGUGUUUUUUUCACCAGGGAACGCGAGAUCACCGCAAACCGCUACCAGGUCCUGCGCGAUCUGGUCCGCUCGAGCGACCUCCUUGCCCUGCAACGGUGCGGCAGGGCCAUUCUGGAGCACAUCGAGGCCGUCGCCUGCGCCUGCCUGCUUAUGUUCGAUGCCACUGUGGACGGCGACGAGAUCGCCACCGAGGUCGCCAGGCGCUGGGUGAGCAUGAUCGCCUUGCCUGCCGACAGGAUAAAGAUACCGAAUGAGGGUCGCCCACGCGAUCCGGCCGGGGAGAUUGAGAUGGACAGAAGGAUAUUUCUCGGGUCAGCGGCGGUGGCAAGAUCUCCUGUGACAACGCUGCAAGCAAGACUUUGA